AUGACCGAAAACGUUGCAAACUUUAAAGAGAGUCGCAAAAAAAAGAAAACUGGUAAAUCUUUUAGAUUCUUAAGCUAUGAACCACUUCUACGGAAAUCUCUAUUUUUCCGAACUGAGUAUUCUCCUGUGAUAACUAAUUCCUCAUCCCAACUUUCUCAAGAAAUGAAAGUGUUAUCUGUAAUACUCCAACAAAUUUUCGUCUCAGACUAG